UAAUUCUCUCCUUCACGUCGCGAUCGGUAUGUGGGAGGAAGGAGCUAUAAAUAUCAACACGUCCUCUCGCUCAGCUGAUUCACCAAGAGUAGAUGAACUUGUACACAUUACACGAUGAAACACGUGCUUCUGAUGUUCGGGUUUUUACAGUGGACUGCUGGCAGUAUCCUAGCACCGCUGCCUUCCUACCUUCUCUACCCACAGGGAGAUAAACCCGACAAAACUUACUCCAGGAAAUGUGACAAGAAAUGCCCUUAUGGGUAUGAGAGCGACGUGGAGGGGGUGUCAUUGUGCCAGUGCCAUAACCCGUGCUCGAGCGUCAUGUGUCUUGAUGGGUUCCAGUGCGUCGUUCAAAAGCCCAAGCUUUGUAACCAGGACUUUUGCAGAUAUUUUGCAUCGUGUAAAGAUGUGAACGUAUGUGCACUAACCCAUCUAGACAACUCACAUCAGUGCACAACCGGGAUGACGAGGUGGUACUAUGACCAAAAGACAGGGAAGUGUCGCCGUUUCUUUGGCUGUCGCGGAAAGGGCAACAACUUUUCACGGAAGUGGGAGUGUAAGCGCAAAUGCCACCCAAAGUUUGCAGGACUAGAGGUGCCGCCUAGAAUUCGAAACAAGCUGAAGAGGAGGAAGCACAGCAGAAAAGUGAACCGAGAACGUAUUAAUAAUAGGCCAAGUUUCCACUCCACACGUCAAGAGGAAGCGAAAAAAGAUUUGUCAACGCCCGUCAUGGAAUAUAAAGCCAAAACGUUAGAGCUCCAGUUCCCUACAUGUCCGCCUGACGCCCCGUUUCAGCAGUGUCCUAUCCACCCCUGCAGCCAUUGCAGAAAUAGGAACAUUAUCUGCAUCCCAAAUUUCUGUGGAAAAUGCGGGGCUUUUUACCUGCAUUUACAGACAGGAAAAAUGUUAGAACGGUGCUCAGUGCCUGGCUGAGAUAAGCAGAAAUUGGUGAAUUUUGAUUUCAUAACAAGAGGAAUAAAACGGGGAAGUUAUCUACCAUGAGCGUAAUCCUUUGUUCCAGACGACGUAAUUCGACAACAUCUUGCAAGAUUUCUUCUGCUCGUUGCCGCUUCACUGGGUGAAAUUUUAACAAAUUUAUUGAAAACACAACGGUGAAAGGACGGUACGACUACGCGUGGUAAUUUGUUUUUCGACAUGGGGAAUUAUUUUCCUUGUAUCUCUCAGCUUCAUCUCUAACCAUAUUGUCUCCAACAUGUAUGGAGGGCGGCUGUGGCUUUCAAAGAGACCUAUCGAAAUCUGCGUUCAAACAAAUUUUCAGUCAAUGGCAAUUCAAUUCAACUGGCAACAAAAUCAAAGACAAAUGCGCAACUCCACGCGCGGAAGACAGUAUUACACCGAUGGCACUAUUGGUACACCAUGCCCAUAAAACGCUGUUUCAGCUAUGGGCGAGUUCAACUUACCGACUAUCAGAACUCAGCUUUGGAAUAUAUUCAACCUUUGUUUCAUAAAUUGAAUCUAGUUAAUUCACGUGUUCCAACCAAUAACGUUUCCCACAACCCAAAUUCUAUUGUACAAAACAUAGAACAUGCUAAAAAAGGGAAAAAAACAUUAUUUAUGUGUACAUAGUAUGUAUUUAUUGUCAAGGUUUGUACAUGAAGUGGCUGUAUAUCAAAAGAUACUAAAUAUGUACAAUAAUAUGAAGCGCACUGGAGAGCAUGCACUAAAUCAUUAUUUAUGUUAACUUAUAAAAAGAUAUAUUUUGUUUCUGUAUGAUAAGACUUUCAAAUAAAAAGACUUAUUUUUUAAAACAUCUCUACUGUUUGAUUGAAACUGAAAUGCCAAGGAAAUUUGUGCAAGUGUGACUGGUCAAAAUUUAUCAUGGUUUCUUCAGGCAAGGAAGCAAACAUUGUGUUAAUUGUACCACUCACAGCCAUGAUUGUGACAGCAAGGUUGGUUCAUGCCUGUGGGGCAUAUAAAACAAACAAACAAACAAACAAACAAACAAAAAA